AAGUACCGCUGAGCCGGGCAGAGCAGACAGACACAGAGCAGGGCUGGUGGAGGGAGGAAGGCUUCCUCAUGCCGCCGGGGUUUACCGGGAAUUAAAUAUCUGCCGUCCAGCGCUGCGUGAAGGACUCUGUCGGUUCUGGAAAGGAGGAAUUUAUAACUCAACAAAAAUGCAUCUUCUUGGAAUUUGGAUGCUGAUGGCGACUCUGCAGGCUGUCGUUCUGGGAGGAGACGCUGAGGGCUCGUCGAGGGAGCCGGGGUCGCUGCCAUGCGUGAGGGGCUUCACACAGGAAGAAUACAUCAUCCAAAUGGACCAGGAGCUGGCAAAGGGACAGGCUGUCUUCAACGUGAGCUUCAUGAACUGCGGUGGGGGGAAGGUGCGGCUCGAGGUCGGACAGUCGUCCGAUUUCGGGGUGAGCGAGGACGGCGCGAUCUACGCCCUGCAGCACCUCAGUGUGGCAGGAAAGGAAAAGGAAAAAGAGGUGGUGGUGGUCGUCUAUGCUCAAGACCUGCAGUCCAAACAGAUGUGGAAAACCAGAGUGCACCUUCUGCUCCGACCAGGUGGAAACAGAGCAGGACCUGAACAGGUAAAGCCCAGUGAUGCAACACUGACUCAGCGGGUACCAGAGAUCUUGUUUCCAUGGCGCAGCGUGGUUGUCAGGGGUGAUGGCACUCUAAGGCGGGUGAAGAGGGACUGGGUCAUUCCGCCUAUCAACGUCCCCGAGAACUCACGCGGACAGUUCCCCGAGGACUUAGUCAGAAUCCGCUCAGAUCGAGAUAAGAACCGGAUGCUGCGUUACAGUGUGACGGGCCCCGGGGCCGACCAGCCUCCGACCGGCAUCUUCAUCAUCAACCCCAUCUCAGGCCAGCUGUCCGUCACCAAGCCCCUGGACAGAGAGCAUAUCUCCAACUUCCACUUGAGGGCUCACGCUGUGGACCUGAAUGGGAAUCAGGUGGAGAACCCCAUCGACAUCGUCAUCAACGUCAUCGACCAGAAUGACAACAGACCAGAGUUCACACACACUAUCUUCAACGGCUCUGUACCAGAGGGAUCCAAGCCUGGGUCCUUUGUGAUGACGGUGACAGCAGUGGACAAGGAUGAUCCAAAAACAGCAAACGGGAUGCUGCGAUACAAGAUCCUAUCCCAGAAUCCCCAGAGCCCCUCCUCCAACAUGUUCACAAUUAACAACAAGACGGGUGACAUCAUCACUGUGGCAGCAGGCCUCGAUCGGGAGAAAGUCACCCAGUACACCCUCAUCAUCCAGGCUACAGACAUGGAGGGAAAUCCCACCUAUGGCCUAUCUAACACCGCCACCACAGUCAUCAGGAUCACUGAUGUCAACGACAAUCCUCCUGAAUUCACCACAGACACAUUCUUCGGAGAGGUCCAUGAGAACCGGGUCAAUGUGAUUGUGGCUAACCUGACUGUGACGGAUAAAGACCAGCCUCACACGUCAGCAUGGAGCGCCGUGUACCGCAUCAUCGCCGGAGACCCCACCGGACGCUUCUCCAUCCCCACAGACCCCACUUCUAAUGAGGGUCUGCUCACUGUGGUCAAGCCCAUAGAUUUUGAGCUGACUCGCUCUUUCAUGCUGACCGUGGAGGCAGAGAACGAGGCCAUGCUGGCCCGCGGCAUCCACUUGCCCCGCCAGUCUACGGCGACCGUCUCCGUACGAAUCCUGGACAUCAACGAGAGUCCCGAAUUCAGCCCCAACCCAAAGCCCAUUAAACUGGAAGAGGGUCUACCUGCCGGGACUCCGCUCGCCAGCUUCACUGCCCAAGACCCAGACCGCUUCAUGAGGCAAACUAUCCGGUACGCCAAGAUGUACGACCCUGCCAACUGGCUGGAGAUUGACCCGGUUAACGGUCGGAUUUCCACCAUAGCCAUCCUUGACCGAGAGUCUCCUUACGUCAAGAACAACCUCUACAACGUUACCUUUAUGGCCUCUGAUAAUGGUAUCCCACCUGCCAGCGGGACAGGCACUCUUCAGAUGACCCUGCAGGACAUAAACGACAAUGCACCACACGUCUUCCCUCCUGAGGUGGAAAUGUGCGAGAGGCCAGACCCCAACGCCAUCAACAUCACAGCCAGCGACCCUGACAUGAACCCCAACGCUGGACCCUUUGCCUUCGAACUGGCCAAUCGUCCAUUAGACGUACGCCGCAACUGGACCCUCAGUCGCCUCAGUGGCGAGUACGCCCAGCUUCGUCUGCGGAUUGGCUCCCUGGCAAGCGGAAUCUACGAGGUUCCCAUCAUGAUCACAGACUCUGGCAACCUUCCCAUGUCCAACACGUCCUACCUGCGGGUCAAGGUCUGCCAGUGUGAUCACCAUGGAGACUGUGUGGACAUGGAGCGAAUCAUCGCCGCUGGACUGGGCACCGGAGCUAUCAUCGCCAUCCUCAUCUGUAUCAUCAUACUGCUUGUGCUCGUGCUGCUGUUUGUCAUGUGGAUAAAGAGGAGAGAUAAAGAGCGUCAGGCCAAGCAGCUCCUCAUCGACCCUGAGGAUGACGUCCGAGACAACAUCCUCAAAUACGACGAGGAGGGAGGCGGAGAGGAGGACCAGGACUAUGAUCUGAGUCAGCUGCAGCAGCCUGAUGCUCUGGAGCCAGAGUGUGUGAAGGUGGGGAUCAGACGUCUGGAUGAGAGACCCCUCCAUCACGACCACCAGUACCCCAUCCGCUCUGCCGCCCCCCACCCAGGAGACAUAGGAGACUUCAUCCACGAGGGCCUGAAGGCGGCAGACAAUGACCCCACCGCCCCCCCCUACGACUCCCUGCUGGUAUUCGACUACGAGGGCAGCGGCUCCACCGCCGGCUCCCUCAGUUCCCUUCACUCCUCCUCGAGCUGCGGCGACCAGGACUACGACUACCUCGGCGACUGGGGGCCUCGCUUCCGCAAGCUGGCCGACCUGUACGGCGGGGGAGACGACUAAC